AUGGCUAUACCGGACGCCACUGACUUGCAUUUUUACAAAGAGAUUCGAUCAGACUGUGUAUCCUGGAAACGUGUUCGAGAUCUUGUUGUAUCAGACGAUACUGUGCUUGAUCCCACGUCCUCCGGUUCUGGUUCUAAGAGCACCACCACCAAAGCCAACGCCAAACUGUCACCAUCACAGCAAAAUAUUACAAAUUCCACCAUCCCUUCACUGCCUCAUCAUCGAUCCCACGAUGCUGUCUGGAAAGACAUCUUCUUGCCUGAAGAUUUAAACGCGAUCAUCAACUUUAAGAAGCCCAUGCUUCCCAAACUUCCCGCCAAUUUUGAGGAGUAUUUACUCUCAUACAAUGGAAAGAAGGAUGUCAAGAGUUUGGUGGCUCGGCGACGCGAAGUCGAUUUUGAUCCGUUUGAAGCGCCAGAGUUGUAUUGGGCACAUAAAGCUAUUGUUGAGGCCUCAGAUCUGUUUGUUUACAACUACUUGCCUUUCCAAGAUCACAGCGAAAGUGAUUUAAUUCACCAGAUUUGGAGUUUUGGUGAAAAGGCAGUACAGCUUCUGGAGAGCGAAGAAAUGCGACCCAUGGAUCGAGCACUAGUUCCACUGCACCAAGACGAUCCAAGAAGGAAGAAUGAAGCUGCCUCGCACCAUGAAAAAUAUAAUUGUGUCUCGUCGCUGAAGCCCCGUCUGCGAUUCGCAAUAUCAAGUGGAUACUCUGGUGGCUGGUUGAGCACAUAUACGAGCGAGUAUUGUGCAGCGUUUGCUUUGUCUUUCGUAUAUAAUCUGUCAGGUUUGUACCUCACUGCAUAUAUCAUGGAUUCUCCUGCUGGUAAAGCAUGUCGAAUUACCAAAGUUGGCCCGUUUGAGUUUCCGCGUUCACCAACAGUUUUUGCAAAGAAGGUGAUACCUCUUCUUGCACUUACAUGGCAAAUGAAGACAUUGAUGAACGCUGUGGUAAGGAUAGUAGAAGAAGAUGAGACCAUCAUCAUGCCAUCCACCGACAACUGCCAAGCAACGCCGUUGAUACUAGAUUGCGUAUCAUCGCCAAAGCUUUCACCGAGAAAGCGUAACCAUGAUGAAGUUGACGAAUGA